GAAGAGGAGGAGGAGGAGAGGAGGAAGAGGAGGAGGAUGCAGGCAGCGGAAGGAGGAUGAGGAUGAAUCGCUGCAUCAUUUCGAGCCUCGCUGGCUGAAGAUGAAGAUGACUUCCUCCUCUGGUGAUGAUGCUGAUGAUGACUCGACGCUUUAAGGAUGUUUAUUUGUUAUUUUAUAUUUUAUAUUUUUGUACCUGAGAUCUGAAGCAGCAGAGUGAGUCCUCUGAGAGGAGGCGGGGGGGUUGUUGUCUCAGCUGUUUCUGAGGAAGAGGAGGAGGAGGAGGAAGAGGAGCGAUGGCUGCCGGUGGAGCAGGAGGAUGCGGAGACACGGUGGAGCAGUGCCGGGCCGAGGUGGAGCAGUGCCGGGCCGAGGUGGAGCGCCUCACCCGGGAGCUGGCGGAGGCCAACCGGGAGAAGGUCCGGGCGGCGGAGUGCGGGCUGGUGGUGCUGGAGGAGAACCAGAGCCUGAAGCAGCAGUACGCAGACCUGGAGGCCGAGCAGGAGACGCUGAGGCUGGAGCUGGAGCAGCUGCAGGAGGCAUUUGGCCAGGCCUACUCCACCCAGCGUAAGGUGGCAGCAGACGGAGAAACCAACGAGGAGACGCUGCUGCAGGAGUCUGCCUCCAAGGAGGCCUACUACAUGGCCCGCCUCCUGGAGCUCCAGUCGGCGCUGAAGCACAGCCGGGCCACCGCCUCCAACGCUCAGGCCGACAACGAGCACCUGAGCACGCUGCUGCAGGAGCUGAGGGAGAGUAACGAGAUGUUGGAGCUGCAGCGCAGCCGGAUGCGAGAGGAGAUCAGGGAGUACAAGUUCCGGGAGACGCGGCUGCUCCAGGACUACACCGAGCUGGAGGAGGAGAACAUCUCUCUGCAGAAACUGGUGUCGACACUCAAACAGAAUCAGGUGGAGUAUGAAGGCCUGAAGCACGAGAUCAAGGUCCUGGAGGAGGAGACGGAGCUCCUCAACAGCCAGCUACAGGACGCGCUGCGUUUGAAGGACAUCUCGGACGCCCAGCUGGAGGAGGCGCUGGAGUCUCUGAAGAGCGAGCGUGAGCAGAAGAACCACCUGCGCAGGGAGCUGGUCCACCACCUCAGCAUGUGUGAUGUGGCCUUCACCGGCAGUGCCCACCUGACAUUCACCUCCGCCCCCCCCAGCGGCAACGCCACCCCAACUACUCUGCUCUCACCAAACGCAGAAGAGCCAACAAGGUGUAACGGCCACCUCCAGGGUGGGACCGGGGCGGGGACGGCUGCAGGGUCGGCGCCCAGAGCUAAUGGAGAGUGCCGAGGCCCUGGUCGGAGAGCUGAGGGGGCGGUGACGUCGGACCUCUUCAACGAGUUGAACCUGACGGAGAUCCAGAAGCUCAAGCAGCAGCUGAUGACGGUCGAACGUGAGAAAGUAUCACUGAUGACCAGCCUGCAGGAGUCCCGCAUUCAGCUCCAACACACCCAGGGGGCCCUGAACGAGCAGCAUGAGAAGGCCAUCCGCCUCAGCCAGAGAGUCACUGCCCUCCGCCGGCUACAUCGAAGGGCCCACCUCAACCCGGAAGCCCACACCGGCGCCACCUCUCAGCUCAACGCCGAGGUCCUGAUGGAGCUGGACAGAGAUGAGGAGGAGGCUGAAGAGGAAGGAGGACCUGAGACGAUGAGCAAAUGUCAGGUAUUUUCAUACCAGACGCCAGGUCUGGAGAUCCUGCAGUGCAAGUACCGUGUGGCUGUGACGGAGGUGGUGGAGCUCAAGGCGGAGGUGAAAGCCCUCCGUGACAGACUGUCUCAGUGUGUCGAGGGAGCGGCGGAGGAGAAGCCACGGCGAAGCGUUCAGCUCCAGAAGCUGGAGAGGCAACUCGCCUCGCUGGAGAAGAGCUGCCGGGAGGGACGGGAGAAGAUUUCCAGCCUGGAGUCGGAGUUGCAGGCAGCUCAGUCAGCAGCCAGUGAGAGCCAAGGCGUGUUGAACACAGCGCAGGAUGAGUUGGUGACGCUGAGCGAGGAGCUCGCCCAGCUCUACCACCACGUCUGUCUGUGCAACAAUGAGACACCCAACCGCGUCAUGCUGGACUACUACAGACAAGGCAGAGGGCUCCGGGGCCUCAGUGCCUGUCUUAAAGCCAUGUCUUCUGACAACAGCAAAGUUCUCCUCACACCGCGCCUCGCCAGGCGGCUGGCCGCUGUCGCUUCGACAACCUUAACUCCCGCGGAGUCGCGGAGCCCCUCGCAGUCUCCAUCCAAGGAGCCCUUAUCUGGGGAGGGAGGGAGAGAGGAGAAGGAGGGGGACAAGGAGGGCCUCCAGGUUCCAUCUGAGCAGAGCCUGCCGCCCUGCACACCUCCGACCCGCUCGCCCAGCAUCAGUGCCUCUUCGUCAUCGUCGUCAUCGUCAUCGCCUGCCCUGGAGCCAGCUGGUGAGCUGCGCAGGGAGCCCAUGAAUAUCUACAACCUCAACGCCAUCAUCAGAGACCAGGUGAAGCACCUCCAGCGGGCAGUAGACAGGUCUCUGCAGCUGUCCAGACAGAGAGCCGCAGCCAGGGAACUGGCCCCUCUGCUGGACAAGGACAAGGAGAGCUGCUUGGAGGAGAUCCUGAAGCUUAAAUCUCUGCUCAGCACCAAGAGAGAGCAGAUAGCCACCCUCAGACUGGUACUCAGGGCUAACAAACAGACAGCAGAGGGGGCUCUGGCCAACCUGAAGAGUAAGUAUGAUUCGGAGAAGUCCAUGGUGACUGACACCAUGAUGAAGCUGAGGAACGAGCUGAAGGCCCUGAAGGAGGAUGCUGCCACUUUCUCUUCUUUGCGCGCCAUGUUUGCCACCAGGUGUGACGAGUACGUGACCCAGCUGGACGAGAUGCAGAGGCAGCUGUCUGCGGCCGAAGACGAGAAGAAGACUCUGAACUCCCUCCUGCGGAUGGCCAUCCAGCAGAAACUGGCCCUCACCCAGCGCCUGGAGGAUUUGGCUUUCGAUCAAGAGCAGACUCACCGCACCCGUGGGGACAGGCUGCAUCGCGUGAGGACCAGCACCCCCAAAGUAAGUCCCCCGGCCUUGGCUUCGGCCUCCAAUCUAUCCCAAGGCUCCACUUCAGCUUUGGCCCCUGUCAGCCUCCCCCUUUCUGGCCUUUUUAGUCCUACGUCAUUUCUUCCUGAUGAUCCCACCGUUGCGCUUAGCCCGUCUGCGGUCAGCGCAGCUCUGGCCUCAGCUCUCGCCUCCCCUACGUCACACAUACCCACUCGCAGUCCGUCGUCUCCAGCGGUUGCCUCGUUGGCCGCUGGCCCUCCGGCGCCAGAGCGCCCCCCGUGUCUGGAGGCCCCCUCCUCGCCGCCCUCAACCCCUCUGAAGCUGGCUCACUCUCAGUGGACCCUGGGCAUGCGGACGUUUGUGGUCGACUCGCACAGUUUCAGUGUCAACAUCACCCCGACUCUGCCUCGUAGCUCGGGCCUCUCCAGGCACUUCACCCCAGACUCUCAUACCUCUCCCCCAUCCACCGCCGCCGCCACCGCCACCGCCACCGCCACCGCCACCACCAGGCCCACUCAUCCAGGAUCCGCCCCCUCCUCCCCCUACAGGUCCUCUAUUCUGGGGCUCAGGCGCUCCACAUGGAGCCCCUCGCCCCGAACUCGGCCCUUGUCAAGCCUGACGCGCUCUUCUGUCCUCUACUCUCCUCCCUCACCGUCCCCUUACUCCUCCUCCCACUCCCCUUCUCCCUCCUCCAGCUAUUCGUCAGCCUACUACAGCUCCUCUCCUGCUUUCACCCCCUCUAGCUCCUACCUCACCUCUGGCUCCUCCGCCCCCUACAGCCACUCCACCAGCUACACGCCCCUCUACCCCAGAUACUACAGUUCUUACCGGCCUCGCCACUGACCCCCUUACUAGAAACCCUUUACUAGAAGCCUCUUUGAAGGCUUUUCCACCAGGCUCCUUAUUGAUAUUGAAACUGCAACUCCCAGCAUCCUUCUCUUUUGUCACCUGAGAGAGUGGUGGGGCUCACAGAGAGGAGGACAGAGUGGUUUCCUGUUUUCCUGUGCCUAAGCUUUGGCCAAUGGAUUCUGAAUGUUCAGUGACUUUGCUCAGGGAUUUGACAUUAAGGAGCACAAGCGGCCUCCAACCUUCCUUCUAUUCUGAGACUGCUGAUUGGUCCACAGGAGGACAUUAAUAGAGACUUUUUAAUGAGAGUUUUUAGCGUUUAGGUUCUUCAGGUUGAGACCACACAUGCAUGAAGUGAUUAAAACACACGUUCAGACACCGACCUGGACAUUUGGUGGACACUUUCAUAGCUUGGAAUGAGGGCCACGACACAUUCAAAUACCGUCCUCUAUAUUCAAUAUAAUAUCCACUCUGUAGUGAGUCUGUAUACACAAACACUGUAAACCACAUGUCUUUCAGUGCAAGCAUUCUCCUUUGUUCAUGAGGUACUUAAAGGUGCCUAAAGGUUCAGUAUGACGGUGUCGUCCGAACAGUUCAGAUGGCCACACUCAAAGGUCCGUUGUCCUGGAGAGCGGGACACGAUGAUCUGUCCUCAAAGGCAUUUGUGGUAUUGCACUUGGUGGCAGUAGUAGCUGCGUGAAGAAUAAAAAAAAAAGCUUUUUUUUACACCUAUGCACACCUGGCCGAUGGCCGCGGCCAAGUCGGCACGCUUUUUGGAUUGUCGUUUUUGAAAAGUUAGGAAACUUGUUGGACACGGUCCCCUGAAGUCCACCGUUAGAUCGUGAGGGGACGGUGCUUGAGAGGUCGUUUGGCCGUCCAACAAGAACUUUGUUUGAAGCGUUCCGACUGCUUUAGUGUUUCAGCUUUGAUCUCACUCUGUAAUCUCUCUCACACGCUCACAGUUGUACCAUUAAGACACCACAAGACGUGGUGGACUCGUCAUUGGUACGCACAGUAUAUUUUCUGUCACUAUGGGCACCGCUUUCCGCAAGCAAUCCAUCAGAGUAUUCUUCAUCUCCUGUCCAGGGUUGCUGCCACAAUCAGCUCAACCUUCUGAUACAGCCAUGUACUCAGCUAUGCAUGUUCACGUUUGGAUGCUCUUACGCUGUAGACUUCCUCCCCCCCCAUCCCGUAUAAAAGACUGAUCUGAUAGAGGUGCAGGCAAGAACUUAAGAGAAGGAGGAAGAAAGAGCACUCAAACAUGGCACAUGACUGAAUAUCAUAGUCAUUGGACGAGGAAGCAACAUGACUUGGAGUCAGAUCUGGGAUGAGUCUCAAUAGUCUGAAGUUUCCUUCUCCUCAUUUCUUAUUUGAACUUACUUUAAAUAUGUCAACUAUUAAAAAACACUGCUAUUAAAGUCCCCAAAAAAACAAUUUAAGAGGCAGUCCUCAACAAGUCAAAGUGCUGCAACAUGUCCCAUGCAGUUGAGUGUUUCUUAACGUAACUUUGCAGACCCUUUACAUGCACAAAAACAACAAUAUAUCACACUAAAGGAAAGGGGAAAAAGCAUAAAAGGUUCUCUUUAAACCAGACUGCUGUCUAAAGAAGCUUUCUGUCUGCUCACUAAAGAUGAUCACUACAUAGGGACACUGGUAGUUUUGAUAGUUUAAAGAUUAUACUACAGACAUGACCACAUGACUGGUAUCUUUACAUCCACACAGUGACAGGAAGAGGAAGUGAUUCAAGACUAUUCUGACUCACCAUCAUGGCCGACUUCAGAGCUAAACUGGUAAACUCACAAUGUAGCCCCCCCUCUAGUGGCCAGCCGCGGAGGUUCAUCGGUGACACAGAAUGAAUGUAUUCAGGUUGUGUUAGUCUUGUUCACAGCACUGCACCAAACUCAGGGAACGUGACACGCCUCAUACAACCAAACCAGAGAGACUGUUUCACAUCAUGAGAACAGAUCUCCCAAAAUUAGACUGAAAGUCAGAGUGAAGUUAAAGGAGUAAGAGAGUCUAAGAGAUAUAUAUGUGCUUGUUUUACAUCUUACCGAAUCACACGAGAAGAUUGAUAUCCGUUUCAUCUGGGUGUCCAGUACUGAGAGAUAGCUCUGGGGUUUGUGCAUGGAUCAGAUCCAUGCACGUUAUGACUGCUUUUAAUUUGCUGAAUCAGAGUAAAUAUUGGAUUUAACUCAGAUGCAACCGCCGGUGAAGGCAGCUUUGCAGCUUUGCAGCCAUUUCGCCACGACACCUUUUGUUUUUGUAGUUCUUUCUGCCAAAGUGGGAGUUACAGUAGCUGUCACAAGCUCCUGCUAUCUUUGAGAAUUAGAAGGCUGGCGUGAUGGUUUCUGUCUGCUGCCCGUACAGUCCGACCGAUACAGAGAAGGUCCAUCAAACACACCUUCCAGGAACCGUUUUGUUUAUGUGGUUAUAGCUGGCACGCUAUAGUCACUAAUACAUCUGUACCGGGCCUGUAGUGUACUGGACUCUGUACUGCAUUCACAGUUGAUGUCGAUCUUCCCGUUUGACCUGCUACGGAGCCCCCCUAGACCACCUAGACCACCUAGACCCCUUAGACCCCUAGACCCCUAGGAAAAACUUGUAUUAUCUCGUUCCCUGGAGUUAGUAACUCAGAGUUACUUCAUGGAGCACUUCUUCCAAUCAUUC